CCUCCCUUCUGCCCUGUGCACUCAUCUGGCUGCUCUCUUCUGCUCCAUUCAGCCUCUCUCUCUAGCUCUCACUCUCUCACUUUCAUUCACUCACUCAAACUCUCUCAAACUUCAGCCAACAUGAGUAUGAGUGGAAGCUAUUCUGUGCGUACCUCCUCUCGUGUGCCUCUGGCCCAGGUGUCCAUCCAGCGCACCUCGGUCACGCCGGCCUACAGGGCAGCCAGCAUCCACGGUGGAGCCGGAGGAUCCGGGGCCCGCAUCUCCUCUGCCACUUUCUCAGGCCUCCGCAGCUCCAUGGGAGUGCCGGCCUCCUCCAUGUCCAGCUCCUUCCAGGUGACGGCCACCGGGGCCACUGGCGAGAUCAUGGGCAACGAGAAGGUGGCCAUGCAGAACCUGAACGACCGUCUGGCCUCCUACCUGGAGAAGGUCAGAACCCUGGAGAAGGCCAACAGCAAGCUGGAGGUGCAGAUCCGCGAGGCCCUGGAGAAGAGAGGCCCCGACGUCCACGACUACAGCCGCUACCAGGCUAUCCUCGAUGACCUGCGCAAGAAGGUCUUCGAUGCCACCGUGGAUAAUGCUCGCCUUGUGCUCCAGAUUGACAACGCUCGCCUGGCAGCUGAUGACUUCAGGGUGAAGUUCGAGUCCGAGCUGUCCAUCCGCCAGUCAGUGGAGGCUGACAUCGCUGGCCUGAGGAAGGUCAUCGAUGACACCAACAUUGGCCGCAUGAACCUGGAGAGCGAGAUUGAGUCCCUGAAGGAGGAGCUCAUCUUCCUCAAGAAGAACCACGACAACGAGGUCAACGACCUGCGCAACCAGAUCGCCCAGUCCGGAGUGCAGGUGGAUGUUGACGCUCCUAAAGGACAGGACCUGGCUCAGAUCAUGGAGGAGAUGAGAGCCAAGUAUGAGAAGAUGGCCCAGAAGAACCAAGAGGAGCUGAAGGCCUGGCACGAGUCACAGAUUCAGGAAGUCCAAGUACAAGUCACGCAAAACACCGAGGCCCUCCAGGGUGCACGAACAGAAGUCAACGACCUCCGCAGACAACUUCAGACACUGGAGAUUGAGCUGGAAUCACAGAAGAGCCUGAAAGCUUCACUGGAAGGCACACUCCGCGACACAGAGAUGCGCUACAACGCCGAGAUCGAGCACCUGAACGGCAUCAUCCUGCAGCUGGAGGCCGAGCUCAUGCAGCUUCGCAACAACAUCCAGCAGCAGACACAAGAGUACGAGGCUCUGCUCAACAUCAAGAUGAAGCUGGAGGCUGAGAUCGCCACCUACAGAAGGCUUCUGGACGGCGGAGACUUCAAGUUGGAGGAUGGCGUCGAGGAGCAGAAGAGGGUAAAAGUGAUGACGGUCACACAGACGCUGGUCGAUGGGAAGGUGGUGUCUUCAAGCACAGAGACCAAGGAGAGGAAGCUCUAAUCAGCCACCGGAGUGCCGAGAUCCCCCAGCAACACAACACUAACACCUCACGGGCCAAUACUGACAACCAUCCACAGAGUGGUUGGCGUGGGAAAAGUAGAAAAUAAGAUAUUUAUUGCAUAAGAAAAGUGUCAGAGCUGAUAGGAAUAGGAAAUGAAUGGCAUAUGUUCAAUACAAAAGGAACUGGAGAUACAGUCAGCAUUGCUUAACCAAAGAUGACAGUAGCCAAACGUAAUGAUGUUUGAUUGUCUGGAAAACGUAACUGUAAAGACAACAUCUCUGUAGGAGUGGUAUUGUACACACUAUUCUGAAGUAAAGACAAGUUGUUUGGCAUGGUUUUCUUGUUGUGUUGUAUCCAUUUGGUCUGGUCAUUUCCAAUAAAGCCUUAAACUUA